GGUAUAUUGUUAUAAUAUUUAAGUAGUGAACUUGAUAUUUUUGAAAGGUAAAAAAGCGUAUACAAUAUAGGGACGUGCACAAUGUAGGGAUAUCGGUUAGGCUAGCAGACUCCAUACUCUUAUCUCAUACAGGGACUCAAUUAGCGGGUUCACUUGAUGAAUCCAACCAAUUAUAGGCCCAUGUAGUGUAUAAGCUUAUGAUAUUAUUCCUCGAGCCAUAUUUCGAAGUUGAUUGAUCAACCAAUAGCGUUUAGUCAUCUUUUAGGGCUCUGCAGGGGCUAUAUAGCAUCUUACAGGCUUUAGAUCCAUUUUUUAGACCAUUUCUAUCGAGUCUGCAAGAAACUUCUGUUCACCGGGUCGCAAUUCCCUGGUCCCCUAUCUGCAACAUCUAUUCGGUAAAAGCUUGCGAAGGAUGAUUGUGCAUAAUAGAAUCCUUUGAACAUCUGAUCUUUCUAUUAUACAAAGUAAAGUAUAUCUGACUGUACUCUCCCCUGUUCCUCUAUUCACACCCUCUAUUUGAUAAAGGCUCGCCAAGGAUGACUUUGCAUCAUACAAUCCUUCUGCAUGCAAGAUCAUCCUUCUACCAUAGGAAGUAGAUAGACUUACCCUUAUUUGUGAGUAUUUGAGGGCUGGCGGUGGCGGCUGACUCAGACCACACGGGAAAUAAGAGUAUCUUUUUUCCCGGCACAAAAUGCCGUGUUAAUGCCCUGGCGACGCCCAACCCACAGUCCCUAGUUAGUGCUUGAUACACGCCUUCUGCGUAGCCGAGGAACUUACGCCCUAAUAUCGUAGUAGGUGUGUAAGUGCUCUGCGGGAACAGGCCGCCCUCUUUGUAUUUUCACCGGAUGAACAAGACGGUCGAAUACGCUCAACUGAAUUCAAGAACAUUCCCAAGGCUCAAUACAACCAAUAAACCAUCUUUGCUUUCUUUGAAAGCUGCUUCUAAGCUGUCCUACGCCUUUCGUUGUUUUCACAUUUUGGUUGUUGCCAUAUUGAGUGAGUGACUUUACUAGCGUUACAACCACUUUCAAACUGUCAAAACACAAGAUGGGCGGUCACAAUGGCAUCGAAACCUUGCUGUGCAGGGCGGCAUCUCAUGUCCUGAAAAGGGACGAAUCUGAGAUUAACGCAGAGAAAUCUCUCAUCGAGCAAGGCGGCAAUAUGCUGUCAGGAGUCUUCUUCGCCGGUCAAUGUAGAGAACUCGGUCUCCUCGUCGACAUGGCCUAUGUCUCGACCACGUCUAUGCGUGAUCUAGCACUGCAGCUGAUCGAAACUAAUCCAGAGUUGCUGCGAUCGGGUACUGGGACGGACCACAGAUCUGUUUCUGUUCCCCACACACAGCUCCAGAGCCUGUACCGUAAUUUCGGGUCGUCGUCACAGGGUUUCACAUUGGAUGUUGAAGCUCCAGUGUCCCUCACUGAUGCUACUCAAAUGUUGGAGAGGCUGAUGGAGAGGCAUCCAAUUCUCGGAGCUUCCCUGGAGCCCGAUCAAAAGAACUCUUAUGUCUUGCCAGGCAUCAGACCUUCCCCCUCGGGAACCUUGGUCCUAUAUGAAUCCAAUGAGAAGGCUAUUGCUCAGGUAAGAAAGCUGGAAGAGGAGGUUUCAGCGUCAAGCUCACCUGUUCUCAAAGUUAUCUUCUUUGGAGAAAGAUCCCGAAUCAGAAAAUUCGGUUUGGUGGCACACAUGGCCGCUAUUGACGCUUACUCAUGGCAUAUCCUUCUUCACGAUAUUCAGGCUUAUCCAGCCCAAUCACAUGACUCGAAUACUGAGUCUCACACCUUCUCCGACUGGGUUGAGCGCGUGGAUCAGGGAACGGAGAAGGAAAUAGAAUCUGCUGUCGCAAUUGAACCCUCGAUGAAUUCAGAGUCGCCGCCGAAAGGCCCCUCCCUGCAAGCCGGAGUUGUCUCGUCUUUGGUCUUUAGUUUGAGCUUAAAGUUGACGGAAGCACUUUAUAGCGAGACAUGCCACCGAACAUUGCGUACAGAGAUUCACGAUGUGAUAUUCGCGUCCUUGGCCUCUUCUUUCGGAAACCAAUUACCCGGCCCAACGAGACAUUUUGAGAUCAGGAAUGGUCGGCCCCAUGAGGAGGAUGAAGCGUGGAAUAGUGUGAUAGGAUGCUUUGAUGAGCUUGCUGAGAUACCCUACCACUGCACUGGAGACAUAGUCGAUGCGUGCCGAAGCGCGAAAGAUUCGAGACAGCGUUCAUUCUUGAGCUCUGUCCACAAUAUCUCUCUUCACAACAAUCUCAUCUUUGACGCAACUCGGCUCAGGGGGUGGAAGGGUGCCUCAUCCAACAAUGUAAUGCAGUCGACUGACGAAAUGCCUGGGCGACAUGCUGCCGAGGCCAUCGCUCGAUCAAUAGGCGGGUUCUGCAUGACUCCUUUUUGGAAGGAUACAAAAUUGAGCUUCUUGGUCGUUUGCGGUACCGAGUUCGGAGGAGAAAUGGAUCUAAAGCGCAAUUCCGAGAAGUUCGUCAGCCAUCUACAAGAUAUUGUCGCAAUAUUACCCAGUCGUCGACCUUUGCCCACGCUCUCCGAUUUCCCACAUGUUUCACUAGACUACCAGUCUCUGGACCGCUUAUUUGAGCAAAAGUUGCUUCAAAUUACUGAAGAUCCUCUUGCAGACAUUUACAACAUCUAUCCGUGUACGCCCAUACAGGAUAAUAUGCUCAUGGGCAAUUCCCUGGAUAGUGGGGCAUACAUGUGUAGCUUUACUGCCAGAGCCUCAACUUCAGGCGCUUUCGCAUCCAUUGAUGCUGCAAAAUGGGCUACGUCAUGGAACAAAGUCGUCGAGAAGCACUCGUCUCUCAGGACUGUGUUUGUCGAGAGCGAAAGUCGCCUCGGGCACUUUGACCAAGUCGUGCUCAAGAAAGUGGCCCCGCGAAUCGACAUAAUUUCAGGGGUUCUCGAGCCAGUAAAGGUUGUAUUUCAACCGUUCGAGAUGCCGCACUAUCUGACCAUCGCCCAGGAAGGCCCUGGUCGGUGUCUCAUCGUGCUAACUAUCUCCCACGCCAUCACCGAUGGCCACUCUGCCGAAAUUCUUCUAAAUGACCUGUGUGUCGCUGCUGUCGAACCUGGAGGCACCGACGAGAAGGCACUCUCCUACGCUGAAUACGCGCUCAGCGAGUAUCAAUCCAGAGAGACCCAUCUGUCGGAUUACUGGCAGAAGUAUCUCUCCAAGACGCAGGCAACACUGCUUCCAGUCACACGAGAGGAGGCAGAUUUUCACGAUUUCGACACCGUGAAUUCAACCAUGCCCGUCAACGUAGCAUCUAUGGACCGGCUCUGUCGACGGCAUAAGAUUAAUUUGGCCAGUGUCUGUCAACUUGCCUGGGGCGUCGUGCUGCGCAGUCAACUCGGUGUCGACGACGUGUGCUUCUCAUACAUCUCCUCACUUAGAAACAAGCCUUUGAAGGGCAUCAUGACAGCUAUUGGGCCGCUGAUCACCACACUCCUUUGCUCCAUGAACUUGGAAGGGGAUACAGACGUAUUGGAUGCUAUCAGGGCUGUCAAUUCUGAGUACGCAGACAGUCUAUCCCACGAGGCAGAGUUUUCUAACACCACUUCACCUCGUCGUUGGAGCAAUACCGUCAUGUCAUUCCGCCGGAGACUUGUUCAGGAUGAUGGACGUCUUCAAGGCUUGAGUUAUAAACUUAUCGAAGGCUCCAGCCCAACAAAUGUAAGUACAAAUCCCUCAGAAAAUUCCCACGCCACAUAAUUCUAAUCUUCUCGGCAGUAUGAUGUUUCUCUUGUCGUUUCGGCGGGCCAAGCAGAUUUGGAGCUCGCGCUGGAUUACUGGGCUUCUCGGAUGGAUAGAGACUAUGCCCAACGUCUCCUUCAAAACUUCCAGGAGGCGCUUCACUCUAUUUUCCGAGACAUUGGCACCACUGUAUCCAGACUCGAGCUGAUCAGCGAAAAUCAGAAGCAGCAGAUCCUAGAGAGAAACUUUCGUGUUCCCGAGGGUCUGAAUCGAUGCGUCCAUGAGCUGGUAAGCGAGCGCAUCCAGAAGCAACUUUCGGCUGUCGCCAUCGACGCUUGGGAUGGCAGCUUGACAUACGAGGAGUUAGAUGACCGCACCUCCCAUUUCGCUCAGUAUUUAGUGAAUAUUGGUGUUGGGCCAGAAGUCCCAGUGGGAGUCUGUAUGGACAAAUCCAAGCUCGUGCCGGUCGCCAUGCUCGCUAUCUUACGGGCUGGCGGUGCUGUUGUUCCCAUCGGGGUGGGAGAACCCAUUGCUCGUGUCCAGGCCAUUUUUGCCGACUCGUCCCCCGUGGCCGUAAUUGGCGAUGGGAAACAAGUCAGCCGACUUUCUGGACUGGGCACUCAGCUUCUGAAUAUAAUCGACAUUAUAGCGGACGAGUCAUCAAGUUCAUCAUCAUCAUCAUCAUCAUCAUCAUCAACCACAACAACCACCACACGAGGGACGCGACCAGAGCCGGAAAAUACCGCAUGGAUCUUUUACACGUCUGGCUCCACUGGAACACCAAAGGGUGUAUUGGUAGAGCAUCGAGCCCUGGCAACAAGCAUGCGUGCCCAUGGUAUCGCACUGAACCUGUCUCAAGAGGACAGGGUACUCCAGUUUGCGGCGCAUACAUUCGACGUAUCCCUAUUUGAGUUAUUCACCACACUCAUCUAUGGAGGCUGCGUCUGUAUACCUAAUGAGACGAAUCGUGUCAACGACCUGGCAGGUUCAGUGCUUCGUCUACAGGCAAACGUUCUUUCCCUCACCCCAAGCAUGACAUCGAUGAUCACACCCGCGGAUGUCCCAAUGGUUCGAAAACUGAUUUUGUUUGGAGAAGAAGUCAAAGUGAGCGUAUUAGAGGCCUGGCUCGGAAAGGCAUAUAUCUUCAAUGCCUACGGUCCAACCGAGAGCUCUAUAUUUGCCAGUGUCAGCAAGCCGUUCCAGAGCGUGAAAGACCUGGCGAAUAUUGGAUUCCCCAUGAACGUGAACUUUUGGGUCACCGAUCCACAGAAUCCAGGGCGGCUAUGUCCUCCAGGAGCUCCGGGCGAGCUAUUGAUCGAGGGCCCACUGCUGGCCCGAGGAUAUCUCAACGACAAAGCCAAGACAGCUACUGCUUACAUCUACGAUCCAGCAUUUGCAUCUCUACUAGGUAUUGGGCCCGGGAGACGCUUCUACCGUACUGGAGAUAUUGUACGGCAGAACAAUGAUUCCUCUAUGAGCUAUCUCGGUCGAAGAGACACGCAAAUGAAGAUCCGCGGCCAGCGACUUGAUGUGUCCGAGGUUGAGCACUGGAUUAUAAAGUCCCUCGAUGGUGUAAUACGGGCCGUCGUUGGCCUUUUACCUGCAGAUAAGAAAGACACAUUCUCCUCAGGAGGUGCCAUCUUGUUUGCUGCCGUUGAAUUUUCCAAACACACCGCCUUUGAUCCCUUGGGGGAUAGAGAAAUUCUCCCAGCGUCCGAUGAGCUUCGCGAAGGACUCAAGCUGCUGCGGAAUACAUUGCAAGCGAAGCUUCCCUCCUACAUGAUUCCCACUUUCUACAUUCCCUUCAGGAGUAUACCCCUGACUUCGUCUGCCAAAACGGACCGCAAAAUGGUUAACCGGCUGGUUAGUGAGUUGGACACCGCCGCCCUACAGGAAUAUGUUUCUGAGGACUCAAGCGACAAUGACCAGAUGCUGCUGACGAAGACUGGGCAGAAGCUCAAAGCUCUGUGGGCGGCUGUCCUCGGUGUGAGCAGCUCGUCCAUCAGAGCAAGCGACAAUUUCCUUUAUCGAGGGGGAGAUUCUCUCCUAGCUAUCAAACUGGUGGAAAUGGCUAGAUUAGAACACCUUCACAUGACAGUAAAGGAUGUUUUGGGCUUCCCUAGACUUGAAGACCUUGCACAAAUUCUUGAUGAACGCAACGCAGCUGGCAAGGUUGACUCUGCUCAAGGGGAAGAGCGAAGUGACCCUCCCCCUUUCUCUCUCUGGCAGCCAUCCUCGAGAGAUAGAGAGGCGGAACUUGCAGACAUUGCCAUCCAGUGCGGCCUGAGUACCGAAGACAUUGAGGAUAUUUAUCCCUGUACCUCAUUACAGCAGAGCAUGUUGGCUGCCACGCAGCUACGCCCGACGGCGUAUCUCGUGCGCCAAACCUACGCUCUCUCGGAUUCUAUCGAUUUCUCGCGCUUCCGAACAAUGUGGGACAUCAUGGUCCAACAGAGCCCCGUGAUGCGAACUCACAUAUUACUAGGACAGCGCUCAGGAUCUUUGCAGGUGCUAUCAAAGAAGGCUCCCAUAUGGCAGACCCAUGAUGACUUGAAGGAGUAUGUUGCAGAUGACCAAGCACGCGCCAUGGCCAUUGGUCAGCCGCUCAUGCGUUUUGCUUUGGUGCACGAGAAGUCGAAUGGUGUCCGUUAUUUUGUGUGGACAGCGCAUCACUCGGUCUACGAUGGCUGGAGCUCUCAGUUAAUCUAUAAGCGACUGGCGGCUCUUUAUCUCCAUGACGAGAUGCCUCCUACGGUCCCCUUCACAAGGUUUAUUGCGUACCAGCAACGCAUGAAAGAGGUUGAUGGAAUCGAGACCGCCUCCUACUGGCGCAACCAGCUUGGAGGAGAAAUCCCGUCAGCCUUCCCUCCUAUGCCGUCUUCUUUCUACCAGCCGAAGCCUGCCGCCUUGCUUCGCUCCGAGAUAAGCACUUCAAUGUUCAGUCAUUCGAGGUCUGGGUUCUCACUUGCUGACGUCCUGAGGGCUGGUUGGGCUAUGACUCUAGGUCAAUACCUAGGCACAAACGAUCUGGUCUUCGGAGCGACUCUUUCUGGCAGGAAUGCCCCCGUCGCGGAGAUCACCGAGCUUAUCGCACCCACCAUUACUACUUUGCCGGUUCGAGUGCGUGUCGAUCAGGAAGCACAGGUUUCUAGCUAUCUCAGAACUAUACAGUCCCAGGCAGUAGAAAUGAUACCCUUUGAGCAUACGGGAUUGGAAGACAUCAGACGCCUUGGUCCCGAUCUCCAGCCUGCGACGGAUAUCAACCAUGCUCUUGUUAUUGAACCACCAUAUGCUAGGAAUGGAGAGGGAGCAAUCGAGGUUCCCGGCUUAGAGCUGGUGGAUACCUCCAUGAACGAGUUUGACACAUUUGCUCUCACCAUUCAGUGCCAAAUCCCCAGCCAGCGAGGAGCCUCGAUCAAGCUCGAGGCUCGUUUCGACAGUCACGUUGUAAGCGAGGCUCAGGUGGCUGUGCUUCUUCGCCAGUUUGAGCACUGGGUUUCACAGUUCCUCGACGAGACAAACCACGAGAGGCAGCUGCGCAGCCUGGAGGAAAUCACCUCUGCAGAUUUAGCCAAAAUUAAGAAACAAAAUGCUGCGAUACCGGUGCGGGACAUGAUCUGCCUGCACCACCUAAUAAGGGAUGUAGUCAAAGAACAGCCAGACUCACCAGCGGUCUGUGCCUGGGACGGUGACUUUACAUACAAAGAACUCUGGGCUAACGCUAGGAGGCUUGCACGAUAUCUUUCUAGCCUUGGAGUGGGUCCCGAAUCUAGGGUGGCGGUUUGCAUGAAUAAGUCUAGGUGGACUGUCGUGUCCAUCUUGGGUAUCCUAGAAUCAGGGGGGGUGGUUGUCAUGCUGCGCUCGCAGUCCCCAUUGGAGCAAGCCAAGGCUCUCGUGGAGGAUUGUCAAGCAGCUGUCAUGUUGACCAAUGCAGGACACACGGAUAGGUUCACCGGCUCGGGGCCUUGUAUUGUUGAGGUGAGUGGCACUUUGUUAGCCAGCCUCCCGGACCCCAUCGUGGAUAAGCCUAUAUGUCCGGCUCUUACCCCAGAUCACCCCGCAUGGAUUGUGUACACAUCCGGAAGUACAGGGUUGCCAAAGGGAUGCCUUCUGGUCCAUGGCGGUCUUGCCACCAGUCUGCCGGCACACGGAAGAGCGACACGCUGGUCCAAGGAGUCCCGUACGCUCCAAUUCGCAUCUCAUGAGUUUGAUGUCACUCUGCAAGAAAUCAUGACGACUCUCAUCUUCAAAGGAUGUGUCUGCAUUCCCUCGGAAGACCAACGAGUCAACUCGCUUUCACAGGCCAUCAGGGACAUGAAUGUCAACCAGAUGGUGCUGACCCCAACCGUGGCAUCCAUGAUCAAUCCGGCCGAUGUUCCGUCUAUAACUCAGCUGCAAGUCGCCGGCGAACUGAUCAAGCCAAGUGUUGUCGAGCGCUGGAUUGAUCACGCCGAGGUAGUUAACAUCUAUGGUCCGUCCGAGUGCUCCGUCUACUCGUCCUGCGGCAAGCCGAUGCAAAGAAUCGAAGAUGCACCCGUUAUUGGAUACCCGCUGGAGAACUGUAACUUUUGGGUCACUAGCACCACCGACCACAACCGCUUGUGUCCCAUUGGCAUCCCCGGUGAGCUUCUCAUUGAGAACUCCUGGCAGGCCCGGGGCUAUGUGAACAACCCUGAGCUGACGGCGCAAUGCUUUGUGGUUGAGCCCGGAUUCAUCAAGCAACUAGGGUUAGAUAAGGCUGAAAGGCGAAUGUAUCGGACCGGCGAUCUUGUUCAGCAGAAUCACAACGGAUCCUACACUUACAUCGGCCGCAUAGGCAGCGAAGUCAAGUUUCGUGGGCACAGAGUUGACCUGGGCCGAAUUGAGUAUUGGAUCGGCAAGCUUCUCGCCGGGGUGCAGACGAUUAUUGUCGAUCUGGUCGAUCUACAAGCUGGGAAGAAGGCGAAUGAUCUUGUAGCUGUGAUCGACUUCAUCGAAGGCUGUGACUUGUUGGACGUUGACCAAACCGAGGAGAUUGAUGGGGUCACCAUUAUUGCUCCUUCCAGUAAGAUCCAAAAGGCCCUAUGUGACCUCAGGGACGGGUUGGUAGACAAGCUCCCAAGCUACAUGGUGCCGACCGCAUUUAUGCCCUGGAAGAAAAUCCCCUUGACACCAUCUGGCAAGACAAAUAAAAAGGUUGUGCGUCAGCUGUUGACGAAUCUCGAGUCAGGUUCGCCCUUGCUGCAACGCUAUCUUGCUGGUGAAGGUAUCAAGAAAGGCCCUCAAACCAAGAUGGGCAAGCAGCUUCAGCAGCUAUGGGCUGAGGUCCUCUCCAUCGAUGCCGAUUCAAUCGGUUCCCAAGACCACUUUACGCGACUUGGUGGCGAUUCCUUGGCGGCCAUGAAACUUGUCGCAUCCGCUCGCCAGGUCGGUCUUCAAUUGACUGUUGCUUCCAUAUUUACGCAUCCCAUCUUGGAGGAAUAUACUCGAAUCCUGGAAACCGAGCAGGAGGCCGGCCUCUUCAACGUAGCAGAGGAGGAUCCUGCUCCCUUCGAGUUGAUGCCGGAGAAUCCAAGUAGUCCCGGCGGCUUUGAAUCUCGACUGGUAGACUUUGCUGCUCAAUGCCAGGUGGCCUCUGACCAGAUUACUGAUGUAUAUCCUUGCACCCCUAUGCAAGAAGCGCUGCUCGCCAUCACGGCAAGACAACCGACGGCUUACACAUAUCGCCAAGUAUUCCGAGCCAGGGGAGAGGAUGUUGAUAUUGUCAGGUUUCAGGCUGCAUGGGAAGCGGUAGCCAGAACACUGCCCAUCCUUCGCACUCGAAUGGUGCUGGACAGCAACAGUGGCUUUCUACAGACAGUGGUCGACGGGCCCCUAUCAUGGCACAUUGGUGGCGAUCUGGACAGCUACCUUGCCGUGGACAAAGUCGCGGGCUUCAAACUGGGCGACCCUCUUCUCCGCUGUGCAAUUGUCGAGGAGCAGAGCUCAGGGGACAAGUGCUUUGUCUUGACCACCCACCAUAGCAUGUUUGACAAAUGGAGUAUCGGGAAGAUACUGAACCGCUACCUCUUACCGGCCUAUUAUGGACGUGAAAUUCCGAAGGCUAUCCCGUACCCGAGAUUCAUUCGCCACGUCCUUGACACCGACUUGGACGCCGCAUCGCAAUUCUGGACCCAGACGUUGGCAGAUGCUAAGUCCUAUACCAAUUUCCCCUCGAUUCCUUCUUUUAGCUUCUAUGAGCCCAAGCCUACCUCGCUCCUGAAGCAGAUAGUCCGUAUAGACGGAGUCGCGGGGCUGCAAACGCCCUUCCCCAGUCUUCUCAGGGCAGCAUGGGCUUUGACAGUAGCACAAUAUGCCGGCGUCGAAGAUGUCGUGUUUGCCGUCAAUCUUUCAGGCCGCUCGGCGCCUGUGGCAGACAUCACGGAGCUCGCGGCCCCAACGUUUACCACCGUCCCCGUCCGGACUAAAGUACACGGCCUGCAAAGGGUCCGGGACUUCUUGGACAAUGUUCACCGCGAAGGCGUGGAGAUGAUACCAUUUGAGCACGUUGGACUCCAGAGAAUCAAAAGACUCGUUCCAACUUUCAACCCAGCUAACCCCAGACACUUAUUCCUUGUACACACCGCGGCAGAUACGGACCUGGACGAUCCGUCACUUGAAAUGCCUGGCUUUGAGCAGGUACAUCUGACGAUGGAGGCGCUCGAUGACUACCCGCUUUCAGUCUUGUGCAAGUUGGAUGAGCGCAAGGGAGAGGCUGAAGUGGCGGCUCGGUUCGACAGCGCCGUCAUCUCCGACGACCAGGUCCAAGCGGUUUUGCGACAAUUCGAGCAUAACGUCGCCCAGCUUGCUGGAAAUUCCGCUUCCGAGGAGCAGAUGGUGGGAGAUCUUCCUCUGGCCAACUCAUACGAUCUAAAUAAGAUUGCCGGUUGGAACCUCACCGGCCAAUGGCCCUCCCUUGGCUGUGUUCAUGAUCUGGUCAUCAAGACAGUUGGAACCAACCCUGACUCUCAAGCCGUUUGCAGCUGGGAUGGGGAUCUUACUUAUCAGCAGCUUGAUGGAGCGGCCAGAAGUCUUGCCCAGCUACUCAUCGCAGAAGGAGGCGUGGGCCCUGAAAUAGCAGUCGGGCUCUGCAUGGACAAGUCCCGAUGGGCCAUGGUGGCUAUACUGGCCAUUCUAUAUGCCGGCGGCGCAGUGGUGCCGCUUGGAGUUCAACUGCCGCCGGAGAGAAUCAGUGUCAUUCUACAGGACUCGUCUCCAGCCAUGGUACUUUGUGACGAGUCCAAGGCAGACAGGUUCCAAUCGCUGGGCUACAAGAGCGUAACUGUCAAUGAAGCAGCACUCGCUGACUUGCCCAAGUCAUACGAUGGCCGCCAUUCUGUUGUUCCCUCGAAAUCAGUCCGAGCCGAAGACACGGCUUGGAUUAUGUACACAUCUGGCAGCACAGGACUUCCCAAGGGUGUGACCCUGGAGCAUAGAGGCAUAUAUAACGCCAUCCUGAGCAAAGGCACCGACUUAAACGUGGACCCGAGUUACCGUAUAUUCCAAUUUGCUGCCUUCACCUUUGAUGUCUCUAUUAGCGACAUUCUCAUGGCAUGGACAUUUGGGGGAGUUGUAUGCUUGCCUUUGGAGGACGAGCGGAUGAACGAUCUGGUCGGGUCCCUGCAGCGACUGAACUGCAACUUUGCACUCCUCACAGCUAGCACGACGGCGCUGAUCCCCCCGGCCGAGGUCCCGCAAAUGAAGAUGCUGGUACUGGGUGGUGAAGCUAUCGCCCCAGCCUUGAUUGAAAAGUGGCUCCUGGGUUCGAAUGCCACCCUGGCCAACAGCUACGGUCCGACCGAGUGCUCCAUCACAACAACCAUAAAUUUUGGAGUGACAGAUGAGACCGGUUCAUCCAUCAUUGGCAGACCCAUCCGCGGAACCCAAAACUGGAUCGUGGACACUCAUAACUACAACCGACUUGUGCCCAUUGGCGCAGUGGGAGAGCUUCUUAUCGAGGGCCCACAAGUCGCGCGUGGGUAUCGCAACGACCCUGUCAAGACCUCGGCAGCAUUUAUCACGGAUCCUGGCUUCACUGCAGACGUUGGCCCCAGGAAAUCUGGGCGUCGAAUGUAUCGUAGUGGAGACCUAGUGCGAUACAACGCCGAUGGUAAUAUCACCAUUCUGGGGAGAAGCGAUUCGCAGAUCAAGAUUCGCGGCCAGCGGGUUGACCUGGGCGAGAUUGAAUCGUGCAUUGUGAAACUCGUGCCCAAGGUCCGAACGGCCGUGGUAGAGUAUCUGCACAUCAGUGACAAUCAACACGCACUCGUUGCUGCAGUUGAGUUCCUCGACAACGAUAACGACGACGACGUGGCAGGCUAUUCGGCAUGGCUCAAAAAAUCUCUAGCUAAGAGACUGCCGGCAUACAUGGUUCCGAGAUUAUAUCUGCAAAUAGACAAGAUACCGAAGAACGCCUCCGGGAAGAUCGACCGCAAAGCCGUCCGCCAGUUUAUGAUGGGCGAGGGCAACCAGAUCGCUGAUGCAAAGUCUCGAAGCGCCUCGAAAACUGGAAAGGUCGACACGGACAGGGAGGCCGUCGUCCGUAAGCUAUGGGCAGCCGUGCUUGGGGUCGAGGCAGAGACAAUCGACCGACAUGAUAACUUUUUCGACAUCGGCGGUGACUCUAUUAGCGCCAUGAAAGUCGUUGCUACUGCAAGAGCAGAGACUCUUGAUCUUCAUGUGCUGGACAUUUUUGAGAAUCCAGUCUUGUUCAAAAUGGCAGUUGUCGCAAAAAGUCUGACUAGAUCGGCACUUGAAGCGACUUCACCGUGCCUUUACCGUCCUUUCCAGCUACUCGACGAUGUGGACAACAAUAAUAUCGACGCCUUCCUUGAUGAGAUCAUCUGCCCCAUCACUGGGACCGGAAAGGAAUCGAUUCAGGAUGUGUUCCCUACCACUGACGCCGUUGCCUUCAGCGUGGCAGGAGCAUUGACCGCGGCCCAGACAGAAGUAAACACAUUUAUCCUAGAUACGGAUCGCGGCCUCGAUCUAGUUCGACUACAGCAAAGCUGCAUGCUACUAGCGCAGCAUAUCGAAGCUUUUCGCACUGCUUUCGCGUUUGAUAUUCGCAACGGAAGGCUUCUCCAGAUCAUAUUGAAGUCCUAUCAGCACAAUGUGCUCGUGGUCAAGGCUGCUGGCUCGCUGGAAGAUGCCACCGAGAGCUUAUAUGAAGGGCACAUGUGCCGUCAACCUCUUCGACUCGGCACACCUAUGGUGAACAUGGCUAUUCUUCAACAAGAUGAGAGCAAAAAGACCCGCAUACUAUUGCGCAUGUCACAUGCUAUAUACGACGCCAUGUCUCUUCCAAUCAUCCUAGACACCCUCCGCAAAUUGUACCAUCAACCGGACGAUUAUGAGCCGCUCUUAUCAGGCUCUUUCGCCCACUACGUCGCAGAUCUGAAUCGACAGACAAGUGACACAAGCUACAGCUAUUGGCGGAGCUUGCUUGAUGGGUCCACCAUGCCCGAGCUCAUUCCAGCGACAGAGUUCGACCAUCACCAGAGCCCCUUGCGCAUGGCCUUUACCAAAAACAAGGUGAUAUCAGUGCCUAAAUCAAAGGGAGAGGGUUUUACCACCUCCACCCUCAUCAGCUGUGCAUGGGCACAUGUCCUAGCCCAGUAUACGGGGAAGAACGAUGUGGUGUUUGGAGAUACCAUUUCCGGGAGAAACGUGGUCGACCCGUCUAUAAGCAGUAUCGUUGUCGGCUGCUGUGCAACCAACGUCCCUAUGCGCAUCAGGUUUGCUGAUAGCUCCGGCCAACAUUCGAUCCAUCAACUGUUGAACCAAGUGCGAGAUCAGCAGCGGAAUCGCAUUCCUCAUGAGGGUGUUGGUUUCCGUUCAAUGAUCCGGGAGUGUACGGAGUGGUCCCCGGCUACUCGCCUUACCUCCGUCGUCAAUCACCGACCAGCCAAGCCAGCGUCCAAGUCAGCCAGCGGACAAAUCGAUUUCCAAGUGAGCACCAUCACCACUGAAAUGAAACCACUCACGACUUGGUACGAUCUCGCUGUCAUCUCCCAGGAGAACGAUGGCACUGUUGAGAUGAGUCUGGGUUACUCGACAAGGGCAUUCCACCCGGAUACGGCUCAGGCGCUGCUGGAAGAUCUUGCCGACACUGUUCACAUUCUUUUGAAUGCUGGGCCUUCUAAAUCUGACCAAAUCGCCCUUCUUGGAACAGAAAUUAUGCCAAGAUCUUCCUUCAAUUUCGCCUCGUUGCGACCGGUUAGGAGUUCUAAAGAGCAGAGUCCAAGCCAAAGAAAAUCAAGCAACGCCAUUUCCACCAACAAACUCAACGAUUCUAGUCUCAGUAUUCUCGAUACAAUCUGGUUCUCCGUCUUUACUUCAAAACGCACAACAAGCGUGGGAACGUUACCGCCCGAUGCGCCUACUCCAGACAUGUGUUACCUGCCGUUCUACCAACUAGGAGGCGACCUUCUCGAUGCCGCCCAUUUAAUCGCCAUAAUACAACGCAGGAUUAAGACCACCCCCGACGCGGAAGUGAAUGGGGACGCCAUUUCAAUUUCGCACGCGCAAGUGACAAUCGAUGAUGUUCUUCAUCAUCCCAGUCUAAUGGGAUUUGCUAGCGUUUUGAAUCAAAAACAACUUCAUUUAAUUUAGUGUGCUUUCUUUUGACUAUACACUGGAUUAGCGUAUAUCCUCCCCAUCCUGUAUAUAGUACAUUAGUUCCCACUAGACUUUUAAAAUCUAAUCUUUUUUCUCCUCUUCUCUUCCUGACCCCAAAGUCUACACUCUCUUUUGUUGUAAAGCAAGUUCCUUCAUCAUCUACCAAUAUAAAACAAGUUUUA